CCCAGUUCGCCAUCUCUACCUCCUUCCUCCCAUGGCUUCCGUCGUUGGGCACUCGUUGCUAACCUUCCUCCUCCUGUUCGCCGUCUUUUCCCCUCAUGUCCAAGCGCGAGAGAGUCGGGCCUUCAGCAAGGUCACGCGGGACGAAACAGUCGUCGUCCCCGAGGAGACGCCGGCUGUUCAAGUCGAGAAGGCAGCGAGACUUGGCAAGGAGACGUAUGGCUACGGUCACAACAGCAACGGGGACGCUCACUACUACGACGCUGAUGGUUUCUCUACGAGCUUCCCCAACACCAAACCCAAUGCGAAGUAUGGAAGCUAUAAGAACAGAGAAUCAAUGUACCGCCCAAACUACGGUUACAGGAAGGAUCAAUAUGGAAUGAGCGACACCAGGUUUCUGGAGAACGGGAGGUACUUCUACGACGUUAAUGCUGAGAGGGGAUACGGAGCAUAUGCUGGUAUUGGCGUAGGUGGUGGCGAUCACCAUGGUUAUGGAGCAUAUAAUAGCGAGGGAAACAGGUACGAGGGCAACCAAGAAGGCGAGGAGUACGUUCCAUGAGCGACCCAACAGAGCAAAUGGAGUGUUCGCUGCUGUUCUUUCUUUCACUCGCAUGCAUUUCCGUGUUUGGUGAUGCCAACCAAAAUAUCUAUCAAUCGUAUGGGUAAUGCUAAAAUUAAUAAUA